AUGCCGAGGAGCCGAAGCAAUCUGCGCCAGCCACCGAUAGUGAAUGAAAGUGCUGAGGAAUCGGCUGAUGAGUUUGAGGAAAGCGCAGCAACAAGUUGGAAAAAUGAAUGCAAACAGCUGGAGGCGAGGUCGCCACCGGAAAGCCCCGAGUAUCUGCACUUCAUGGACUCCGACGAUCCGCUGGAUGAAAUCGAAUCGAAUCCCUUGCAGGAGCAGGAGCCCCUCGAUCUGGCAAUUAAAACGGAUAGCACCAUCAACAAGGAGGCAAAGGAGAACCAUAUGAGGAUUUACAGGCAGUUGGGCAUUCAUAUACCAGAAUCCCCAGCCAAGCAUCCCCUACUCGAUUACAGUUUCGUCGUGAAACUGUUCCUGGUCACCGACUGCAGCUCCAUUCACUUCCUCAAGUGGUCGGCCAGUGGCCGCGAGCUGGAGGUCGAUUAUCAGGGCAUGCAGGAGCAUUUGUCCAGCGGUUGUUCCGUAUUUCAUAGCCGAAAUACCUUGCAAUUUACGGGCAGCCUAUUGGCCCACGGAUUCGAGCGCGUUUGGUCGAAGGAUGUGCGCAAAUCUUCAGUGCGUCCGACGUCCAUCUCGCUGAUCUUCCGGAAUCCCAAUUUCGUUAGGGGUCAGCUGCAGAAGUUGCAGAAACUGGUCCAGGAAUUUGGGAAAGUGGACGAGAUUUCAAGUGCCGAAACGGAGGAACCGCGCCACCCGAACAACGCCCAUAUUGCCAGAAUGGUCCGGCGAGGAGAUCUCUGCUCCACUUCCUACACCUGUCGUUCUGCACUGCAAGUGGCUCGAUGUCACUUCCAAACCCUGCUGGGAUACCAAGCCGACAUGGGUGUCCUUAAGGAUCGCAACAGUCACGAUGUGUUCAACAAGCACAUAAUGACGCAACUGAAUGUGAAAAGGGGUCGCUCGUCUAUCAAUAAUGCGCCAGUCGAUUUGGCGCCCAGCAAAGUUUCGUUUGCGAAAUUCGUAAAGCCCCACGAAUCGGUGAUCAAUAUCGGCAUUGGUCAGGCGCCGGAUUAUGCUGGUUAUUAUGGCAAGGUGGAGCUAUCCAAAGUCAACGACUUCUUCUCCGAGUAUCUGCCGCGCUAUGGCAGCAAAAUCACCGGCUACAAGGAUAUAGUCAUGGAUGCCACCAACAAGUCCAUUGGCUUCCAGCAGAACCUGCCCAUCGGCAUGAAUUACUCGGAUGAUGAAGACGAUGUCCUUCCACCGAUUUCAUCGGACCACGACUUGGAUUUCAUGCCAUCCACCUCGGCGGCGGCCAAGCCGAAAUCUUCUGGUGGCAAGGUAGUGGAGGACUCGGACUUGGAGCAGGCUAUGCAGGAAUUGUGCGGUGGCCCUAAUCUCAACGAGGAGGAUGAACUGCCGCAGACCAGCAGCAGGAGCACCGCCAGACUUAAAGCCAAGCCCAAGCCCAAGCCAAGAGCCAAAGCCAAAGCCACGAAACGCCAGUCCAAGCCUCUGCAUUCCAGUUCCAGCGAAGGCGAGGAUUACGAGGUGGACGAGGAAGAGUUUACGUCUAGAAAACCAAAGAACGUUAAAUUCAACACAAGGGACCAUGAUACCUCCUAUAGUGCUGAAGUGGAUACGGAUUCCGAGGAGCAAGUGUUCGAGGAAACGACCGACACCAAGCUGAAGGAUACGCCAUACGACGACAACGACAACGACGACGAUGACGGCGACGAGGAUGAGGGAGGGGAAGAGGAAGAGGAGGACUUCCUGGACGAGGAUGACGAGGAUUAUAUUGACAAAAAUAUACAGUACAGGAGUGCUCCAGAGCCGCCAAAGAGCCGACGCUAUGAUCUUCGCAACGCCAAGCGGAAUCCCCGUUGA